CGGCAGCGUUGACGCCGCUGCGUACGCCGUUACGUAGAGACGCUGUAGUGGUACGCGCUGGAGCUGGGUGUGAAGAUGGCGGACGAGGAGGCCGAGCAGGACCGUAGUCCUGAGAACAGUAUCAGUGAAACGAUUUGGGAACUCAGACAACGGUUGCAAGAACUGCAAGAAGUAGUGGUUAGAGAAAGCGGCGACUCUCCGAUUCAAGCCUCUUCUGAGUAUUGCCAGGAGUUCUGUAGGACACUGCUGGAGUAUGCAGGCCGUUGGAAGACAGAGGAAGAGCCUCUGCCACUAGUGGAAGUGUACAUAGUCGCCCUGCUGAGUUACGCCCAGGCCUCUCCAUACCUCUCCCUACAGUGUGAAAAUGUUCCUCUUGUGGUUGAGAGGCUGUCACUGAGUUUUGUGGAGCUUUUGCUCUCAUUGAAGGAGGAUGUUCCAAAAGACUUGUGGAAAGAAUUCAAAUCGUCUGUGCAGUUUACUCACAGUAAGCUGCAGGAGAAUGGAAUCACUCAGCUGUCCCUGCUGUCUGCUUUGGGCCAGUAUGAUGGUGUGUGGACCAGCAGGGUCCUGCAAGGUCUUCUGUCCCACGAAAAUGUACAGGCGGAACAAGUUGAGGAGUUCCUGGUGCAGGAGGGGCUGGUCCUGUUGGAGAUGAGAGUGAAGCAGCUGAUGAAGGAGAAGCAGCUGGGGAAGGCUGCACUGCUGGCAAAGACAUGCUCGGAGUGUCCUGUUUUCCAAGGGAAGGGACCUUUCAAACAGAUGUACCUUGUCUGCCUCUGUGCUACCUCAGAGCAGGAUCAGCUCAUGGACGAGCUUUCAAAGGAGGACUGCCGUGAUGCAUUAGAGAUGAUCUGCAACCUGGAGUCAGAAGGAGACGAGACGGCAGCUUUCAGCUUAUGCUCAGCCUUCCUGAGCCGGCAGCUUCUCCAAGGAGAUACAUACUGUGCUUGGGAGCUCACUCUGUUUUGGAGCAAGCUACUGAAGCGAUUGGAGCCAUCGGAGCAGGCCUUCCUCGACAGAUGCCGCCAGAUGUCCUUACUUUCCAAAACCGUGUACCACAUCCUUUUCCUCAUCAAGGUCAUCCAAUCAGAGAUUGACAGCGCUGGACUACCAGCGUGUAUUGAAAUGUGCAUAAGGGCUUUGCGAAUGGAAUCAGAAGAUGCAAACACCAAGGCCACUGUGUGCAAAACUAUUUCCUGUUUGCUUCCUACUGACCUAGAAGUCAAGCGAGCCUGUCAGCUGACUGAGUUCCUCCUGGAGCCCACAGUGGAUUCAUACUACGCUGUUGAGACCCUCUACAAUGAACCGGAUCAAAAACUAGAGGAGGAGAACAUGCCCGUUCCCAACUCACUACGCUGCGAGCUUCUGCUGGUUUUUAAAACCCAGUGGCCUUUUGACCCAGAGUUCUGGGACUGGAAAACACUUAAGCGUCAUUGUCUAGCACUAAUGGGUGAAGAAGCUUCAAUAGUGUCAUCCAUUGACUUGCUGAAUGAUACUGAGAGCCCCGAAGAAGAGGAAGACUUUGUCAGUCAGGAGGGGUUUAAGAAUAUCCCAGACCAUUUAAUCAGUGGCACUUAUGAACUAAAAGACAUCACAGACAAGAGACAGAAAAACAGAGAAAUGAAGAAACUGAGAGAAAAAGGUUUCAUAUCUGCCAGGUUCAGAAACUGGCAGGCAUAUAUGCAGUACUGUGUGCUGUGCGACAAAGAGUUUCUCGGCCACAGGAUUGUACGCCAUGCACAGACUCAUCUGAGCAGUGGAGUAUACAGCUGCCCUAUAUGUGCUCAAACCUUUAGCUCAAAAGAUACAUUGAUUCCGCAUGUAACAUCACAUGUUAAACAGUCAUGCAAGGAACGGCUAACUGCAAUGAAAACAAACAAGAAACUGGCUAAUCCCAAAACGGCUGCCCCUGUUAUUGCAGCAUUAAAGGCCAAGACAGAAAAUGGACUAAAUGAAAAUGGUGAUUCCCUAGGGGAAAAUGGGGGGUUGAUUCAUAAUGUUCAGGUCAGAGUGGAAAGGCGUAACCCAGAGAGUAGUGACGACAAUGUAUGCCCUGUUGGAAAAUGCAGAAGGAGCUUCAAAUUUUUCAAAAAUCUCAUUGCACAUGUUAAAGCUCAUGGGGACAACGAGGAAGCAAAGAUUUUCCUUGAAAUGCAGAGCAAAAAGGUUGUUUGCCAGUACUGUCGUCGCCACUUUGUUAAUGUCACCCAUCUUAACGAUCAUUUACAGGUCCACUGUGGUGUGAAGCCUUACAUCUGUAUACAGCUGAACUGCAAGGCAAGUUUCUUGUCCAACACUGAGCUCCUUAUACACAGGAAAACGCAUUCUGUUUUUAAGGCUAGAUGCAUGUUUCCCAAUUGUGGAAAGGUUUUCAAUGAGGCCUUCAAACUGUAUGACCAUGAGGCACAACAUUAUAAAACUUUCACUUGUAAAGUUGUGGACUGUGGAAAGGUAUUCCAUUCACAACAGCAGCUGGAUUUGCACCAGGCGGAGCAUGCCUCCCAAGAUGAAAGCCCAUCUUCUGAACAGACCUCGCAAAAUAUGCAGCCUGGCCCUUCACUCGUUGAACAAAUGCUUUCAAAUCACACUCCCCUUAAACAAGACAAUUCCCAAGAGAACUGGAACAUCGAAAGUGCUGUUAAUCCACAUCACGGAAGGCUGCCAGUGUCGAUCGAGAGUUUGCUGAAAUCUUCACAAGCACCUGUCGAAACCGUAGGACAGUAUGGAGUCAAACAUGAACCACAAAAUACGCCUUUCUCAACCAGUCAGACACAGACUUUGAAUAAUUCUGUGAUUCAGCCUGUGAACUCCGGCUUGUCUGAUCCUAAUAUUACAUGUGAUGGUUCAAGCGGUAAUUCUUUUGAUUAUAUGAGACCACUUCAACAGAAUCAACCAGUACAUCCAUUUGAACCAAAUUUAGGUAACAUGUCACUUAGCCGUAAUUCACAUGUCUUACAAGGCCAGCCACAAAUGUUCCCCAGUAAUGUGAAUAGUGGAUCAAUGAGUUACAACUCUGAUUGCAAUAUACCGUUGCCGGGACAGCAACGGCCAAUGUGUACCGGUGACCUGUUAACAGCAUCGUUGCCCCAAAACUCCAUAGAGCCAGCAAUGUCACAACCACUUCCUCCAACAGUAACCCCUCAGCCAUUUGCUGGGAACAGACCAGAGAACUCUGUGAUGUCCUCACCUACCACAGGUCCCCCUCCAGGACAGAGAGAGCGAUUUCACUGUGCUUUUGAAAUGUGUACCAGGCACUACAGCUCCUACAGAAGUGUUACCAAGCACAUGAAAACAGUUCACCCAGAUUUUUAUGAGCAAUGGAAAGUUACUCGAACUAAAAUCAAGAUAACCUACACUUCAGCACCGAGCACAUCAUCCAUCGGACAUCUCAGUUCAGUCGCCUCUCUUCAGAAUCAGCAUGGCAACCAAGUACCGGUGCAUGGAGUUCAGAGGCAGAAUGUUAUCCAAUCACCUCCUUAUACUACCAUGGGUACAAGCUCAAACUACACUAUUCUGCAUUCCCAUUCUUCGUCUGCCCACAACCAGAAUGCCUCACUCCUAAUGGAAAAUGUUUUAAAUCCCAUUGUUCUCUCUCAGUUAGGAAGUGAUACAAAUCCAAUAACUACGCAGUCCCACAUUUCAGGAAGUCAAAAUUGGCACUCAGCCCCUGGAAGUGAAUCAGUUCAAAACUGUGGCUCUCCCCAAGUCUAUCCAUCUAACUUGCAAGUGAUGCCUCAAGUUGAUUCUAGCAGUGCUGCUCUGCCACUUAGUGUCCCAUCUUGCUCUAUGAUAGGAUCAACAAUGAACAGACCAGCAGAGUCCUUGCAGUCACCACUUAUGGAAAAUGGGUCCCAGUCAGUUUUCCCCUCAUGCGUGGACGGUGCGAAGGAUGUAUCACAGCAAGCAGAAGAUCUUCGUUCGCCAUAUACGUCACAGAUGCAAAGCAGUUUAGUCUCAGGUUCCAAGGCAGCAGAAAAAACAAAGUCAAUGCAAAAUCAUGUGCAGUCCAAUUUUCCCUGUCCAGACAGUGCAGGCCAAAAAAGCAGUAACAACCAACCUCAAAAUGGUCCAGUUGUCUCUGAAAACAAUCCUGAAAAUCAAAAGCGAGCCAGAAGAAACAAAAGGACCAAAUGGCCAGCUAUUCUUAGAGAUGGCAAAUUUGUUUGUUGCAGGUGUUUUAGACAAUUUAAUAGUCCCAAAUCCCUCGGAGGCCACUUGUCCAAGCGUGCAAUCUGCAAACCAUACGAUGAGUCAGAACUGAACACGGACCUGCCGACAUCAUUUCUUGACCUCCUCAAUUCAGAGCAAACAGUUAGCACCGCUCAGCCACAGUUGUCUUAUAAACCUGCCGCUGUGUAUCAGGAAAAGCCUCAUCAGUCAGUAACAAGUGCGUCAGCAGGUACAAAAGAUUACCCCACUACCAAUUAUCCACAAAAUAAAUUGCCAGCAUAUGGGAAUGGUGAGUCAAAUGAUGACAUCCUCAAACAAAUCAUGGCCGAAUCCAAUAUGUCAGAUCUUUUUGUGCACACACCUGCCACCCAGCCAUUGUUUCAGAGCUCUUGCGUUCCAUAUGGAGCCAGUGAGCGUUUGCCGGGGAGCUCAGUCAUACAGCAUACAGAAAAUGUGCAGCUGAAGAGAGGGGAGGGUAGAGAGGACAACUCAUACAGUACGGGCCAUUAUCCUCAGCCAAGCAUUGAUACAUUUGCGGGAAGUGAAUUCCCUGACCCACUUCUUUCUCAGAUCCUCGCAGAAAACCCUUCCACUGCUGCUCCCGGCAGUGUGCCAACAAACCAUGUGAGUCCUGGGGAAAUUCGCAGUGAAGGGUAUCGCCCUGAAGCAACCAUUCAGACACCAGAUGCAGAUUCAAAUCCACUGAUGCCAACAAUAUUACCUGAUAGUCAGUUUAGUCCAGCAACAACAAGUGGCAAGCAGGGUGAGACGCAAAGGAGGACUACUGAGCAGGAUAUUAAAAAGAGACUGCGGGAGCAGAUUUUGGCUGGCGACUUUCAGCGUAGAAACAGCUUAUGUCUUUCAGGCAGUACUGACCCCAUUGCCAAUUCAAGGAUUCCCAUGUCUUUUGAACCAAUGCGCAGUCCUUCCAAUAAUUUUGGACUUCAUCAAAUGUUUUGUGAUGCAAAGAGUGACUCAGCUAGUCAAGGGCAAGUUAUUCAAGAAAACUCUGUAAUCAUCCCAGGGACCUCUGGCGAAAUUGAACAUCUACUGAACACGCACAGCUUUACUUGUUUCAGAGAGACCUCCAUCCCGCAGCAGGAGGUACUGAGCCCCACGGGUAUUGCAGCAAAUGAUGCAGAUCUUGAACCCACUCAGUUAUCUGCCAGCCAGCAGCAGUGGAUGACAGAAAUUCAAAACGCAUUUGAAAGGCUCGACUUGGUCAGAGAAAUAUCUGAUCAGAUGUCAGCUUCCAUGAAACAAAAUACCAUUGCCAUGAACAGCCAGACAGGCCCUGCAAAGGUCCGUUCACGUAGCUCGACGUCGUCAACCUCUGUCAAGCCGUUUGCUUGUGAGAAUGAGAACUGCACAUUUAGUUCCAUGUCAAGUGAAGCGCUUUGGAAACACCUGUCCAAAACCCACAACUACACACUUGAGAUGGUGAAUGUCGUUAAAAAAAGAUAUGGUCUAUAUGCUCCCUUCAAGUGUCAAAAGUGUAGUAAAACAUUCACGCGUAACUCAAACCUUCGCACUCACUACCAGUCAGCUCACAAAUUAUCAGCUAAAGAAAUCGCCGAUCUAGAUUUGAAGCGCAGGCUGGCCAAAGAUGCUGCUAUUCAAAAGUGGCCUGGUAGUACAAACCAGGCUCCAGCGGCUCAAACCACAGUGGCUACUCAUUCAUCAUUGGAGAAUAAAGCACAUCUGUGUUCACCCCAAGAUGCAGUAAAACUUGAUUACCCAUCACAGGCAUUUGUACCACAUACUAAAAUGGACAUAACUAAUCAGAAAUUUCAAGAUGACAAUCGUUCCACAGUCAUUCAGCCGUUGCAAACAGUUCCCAUGCACAACCAAUUAAUGACUCCACCAGUACAGGCCCAGACCUCCGCAGGGUCUCCGUCUCUUGACAAACAAUGUGCUAUCAAUGGGCCAUCAAUAGUUAAGCCCAGCAUAGACAUUACCAAAAAGACGAAAGAGAAGAAGUCCAACUCUGGUGAUGCCAUGAGUCCGUACAGACCAUAUCGCUGCGUUCAUCAAGGCUGUGUGGCAGCCUUUACCAUCCAGCAUAAUCUGAUCCUCCAUUACAGGGCUGUUCACCAGUCCGCUUUGUCAGCAUUGGAGGUGAACAAGGAGCAGGACCAGACUGAGGGACUGGACGAAAUAAUGGAACAUGAUGAGGAGGAGCCAGAGGCAGAGAUCCCCCAAAUUUCUGAAUUCAGAUGCCAAGUCAAAGACUGCUCCCGGGUUUUCCAAGAGGUUCCCAACCUUUUGCAGCACUAUCUUCAGCUGCAUGAAUUCAGUCUUGACAAUGUUGGAAAUCUCUUGUCUGGCAUCAAGGCCGGCAAGUUUGCCUGUGGCCACCACGGAUGCACAGCAUCCUUCACUACUCUCUGGAAGUAUAUAGGGCAUGUCAAAGAACAGCAUAAAGAUAUAAAGCUGGCCAAACCCGAACAAUUAAAUGGCUCCUUCAGGUGUGAAAUUGAGGGCUGUGACCGUUCAUAUGCAACAAAGUCAAACCUGCUCAGACAUGUCAUGAAAAAGCAUCAGGACCUUUACCAGCCUAAACUAAAAAAUCAACAGAUAAAAGAAGAUGGGAUGAAACCGAACUCAAAGACUUUGCAUUAUCAAAUUACCAAGACAAGCAAUGGGAAGGAAAACAUUGAAAGCAAUAAAAAAAUCAUACAGAGGGGAAGUGACACAAAGAGAGUUAGCAAGUCAAAAAACAAUCACUGGACAAAAUACGGAAAGCCCUCCUUGAAAUCUAAAGUGGAGGCAUCUGCAAUGUGCACUAAGAAAUCUCCUCUACAAUACCCCUGUAUGAUCAAAGGUUGUGAGUCGGUCAUGAAAUCAGAGCGGAGCAUAUUAAAACAUUACAUGGGGCACGGGCUGUCAGAAAAGUACCUGGAACAGCAAAGGAGUCACUUCAUAUUCUGCAAAAAGUUCCCCAGGCAGAAGUGCCGCUCCAUCAGGAGCGAUGAUUCCAAAUCAGACAACACCUCUGACCUGUCUGACAGUGAGCUGACAGUAGACACUGGCCUGGAAGGAGGAGAGUAUGGAUAUUCAAAGCCUGUCCUACGCAAAAGGACCACAGCAGAGAUCCCUGCUGCGUUGUUUGACAGCAAAUUAUCAAACGAUGAAAGUUCUGACGGCUCUGUGGUGCUCAAACGCAAACGAGGGCGGCCACGAAAACUGAUCGACAAAAUAGUGAAACGCAAGAAAAUUCCACGCACAACCAAGGUUGACGUAGUUUACAGCAAGGACGAUGAAUCGGACUCCUCUUGCCCCGCAAUACUGCCGGAGGAGAUGACUGAGCAGAGUGCCCCGCUGGCCUCCUUUAAACCCAUGGGAUUUGAAAUGUCUUUCUUAAAAUUCCUGGAACAGUCAAAUAAAGCUGAACAUGCCUUCACAAGGAAGGUUGAUGUGCCAGAAGCAUGGAGACAGACAUCCACCAAUCUGACCGCCAAAGACACCUGUGUCAGGUUCAGCAACCGUCAGAAUUUGAAAUCCCUUAGUAAGGUUAAAAUAAUUAUAGAUGCGGCCUUUUCGGGUGUCACUGACCUUAUGUUGAAACAGCUGCAGGCUAUGCAGCCCACAGUGGUAUUGGAAAAAAACGACUAGCUUGUCCUUUGGUUGUUGUGGUUGUUGUUGUUUUGUUUCGUUUUCGUUUUGUUUGUUUGUUUUUUUUAAAGCAGAAUCUCAGGACUUGAAUGAGUAAAAUCUGCUGCAGACUGGUGCCCUACAUAUGAAAUGUUUUUUACAAAUCCAGUAAAACAAUGGUUAUUUGGAAUUACACUGUAAUAUGAUCUGUACAAUUUGUCCUUUUUUUUAUAGAAAUGUGUAUAGCAUGGUUUUAUUUAUGGACUGUUAAGUCAAAAAGUUAACUAAAAAUUUUGGUGAUAAUUAAAAUCUGACAUCAGCUUUGGGUUUCUUAAUUAUCCCUGUGGGACUUACAGACAAAUGGACUUUGAAAUGGAUUAUGUUGUGUGUAGUUUGUGAUUUGAAGAUGUUUAUUAUUGUGCGUUGUGUAUAUAAUUUGAAAUCACCCACUGCCACCAGCAGUCUUACUAUUAAACUGUU